GCGCCAAAUAAAACCAAGUACGAUAGAAGAAAUGCAGUUGAAAACAGAGAGAGGAUACGAACGAUACAUGGAAAAAUGGAGGCACUCCUCCAAUUCCAACUCCAACUCAAUUCAACUCUCUCCUUCUCUUCUUUCCUUCACCCCCACAACCACCGUCACCACUUCAACUUCAAACCAAAUAAACCUCACUCAAAAACCUGUUAUCAUCCCCUUCACUCUCCCACAGUUCCAAUUUCCACUCCACACACCCCUCCCUCUUUCCCACACCCCUCCUUUCUCUUCCCUUUCCUCCGCUUCUCUUCUCACAACAAAAACCCCAACCUCGCCAAAUCCAUCCACGCUACCCUUCUCAAAAACCAUGAAAUACAUCAUCUCACCACCGCUCUCAUUUCAACUUACAUCAACCUCCGUCUCUUCUCCUACGCCCACCGUCUCUUCCUCUCUCAAUCUCCCCCCAACAUCGUUUCUUACUCCGCACUUAUCUCCGCUUUCUCCAAAUCAAACCGUGAAAAACAAUCCCUUUUCCUCUUCCUUCACAUGAUAACAGUUUCAUCUCUUCGCCCAAACCACUACACUUACGUCGCCGUUUUAACCGCUUGCACCCGAAUCCUCAACCUCCAAUUUGGUCUUCAGUUACACGCUGCUGUUAUCAAAACUGGAUAUUUGAAAUCCGUUUUUGUAUCCAAUGCGCUUAUGUUAUUUUAUUCUAAAUGUGGGUUUUAUAAAAAUGCUUUCAAAGUGUUUGAUGAAAUGCCUGAAAGAGAUAUUGCGUCGUGGAACACUGUAAUGUCUUGUGCAGUUCAGGAGUUUAUGUAUGAUGAUGUGUUUCGAUUGUUUUGUGAUAUGCUGGUGAUUGAUGGUUUGAAAGUUGAUUAUUUUACUCUGUCAACGUUUUUGACGGCGUGUGCUGCAAGUGGGUUGUUGAUGGAAGGGAAGCAAGUGCAUGCGCAUGCUGUUAAGGUUGGUUUGGAGGAUGAAUUGAAUGUUGGGAAUGCCCUUAUUGGAUUUUAUACAAAUUUCGGAGAUAUUGAUGACGUGGUUUGUUUGUUUGAGAGGAUGAGUGUGAGAGAUGUUAUAACUUGGACAGAGAUGGUGAGGGUGUAUAUGGAAUUUGGUUUUGUUGAUUUGGGUUUGAAGAUAUUUGAUGAGAUGCCGGAGAAAAAUUGUGUGACUUAUAAUGUUCUUUUGUCUGGGUUGUGUCGAAAUGCGGAGGGUUUAAAGGCUGUGGAAUUGUUUAUAAGAAUGGUGGAGGAGGGUGUAGAGUUAACGGAUUUCUCUUUGAGUAGUGGGAUUAAUGCAUGUAGUUUGCUUGCUGAUUAUAGGGUCAGCAGGCAAAUGCAUGGAUUUGCAAUCAAGUUUGGGUUUGGAUCAAAUGUUUUUGUUGAAGGGGCUUUGCUUGACAUGUACACAAGGUGUGGGAGGAUGGUAGAUGCUGAAAAGAUGUGGGAAGAAUUGGAGGAGGUUAGCAGUGUGGUUUGGACUUCCAUGAUGUGUGGCUAUGCUAGAAACGGGCAACCGCGUGAGGCGUUUUCUCUUUUCCAUCUUGGUCAUUCUGAAUGGAAAUUGAUUAUGGAUGAAGUUGCAUUAACUUCAAUGCUUAGUCUUUGUGGAACCGUCGGCUAUCAUGAUAUGGGUAAGCAAAUCCAUUGUCAAGUUCUUAAAUUUGGCUUUCAUUCUAAUGUGCAAGUUGGAAAUGUUGUGGUUGAAAUGUAUUUUAAAUGUGGGAAUGUCGAUGAUGCAAUUAAGAUGUUCAGUGGCAUGGCCUCUACCGAUAUAGUUUCAUGGAAUACUUUGAUUUCUGGAUAUCUUACACACAGACAGGGCGAUAGAGCAUUAGAAAUAUGGUUGAAAAUGCAGGAAGAGGGCAUAAAGCCGGAUGAUAUUACAUUUGUUUUGAUAAUUUCAGCCUACAGACAGACUAGCUUGAAUUUGGUUGAUGACUGCCGUAUCUUGUUUAAUUCAAUGAAAACUGUUUAUCACAUCGAGCCAACAUCUCAGCAUUAUUCAUCUUUCAUCAGUGUUUUGGGUCACUGGGGUCUUUUGGAAGAGGCACUGGAAACUAUCAAUAAGAUGUCUUUUAAGCCUUCUGCUUUUGUUUGGCGUGCUUUGCUUGAUGGUUGCAGACUCCAUAAGAAUACAAUGAUUGGAAAAUUGGCUGCCAAAAAUAUUCUUGCCCUCGAACCUAAUGAUCCGUCUACUUAUAUACUUGUUUCAAAUUUGCAUUCGUCUUCUGGGAGAUGGGAUUGCUCUGAGAGGACUAGGGAAAAUAUGAGAGAAAAGGGAUUUCGCAAACACCCGGCUCAAAGUUGGAUAAUUUGUCGGAAGAAAAUGCAUUCAUUCUAUGCAAGAGAUAGGUCUCAUCAGCAAGAUAAAGACAUAUAUAGGGGUUUGGAGAUUCUAAUAUUAGAGUGCCUAAAAGUUGGAUAUGAACCUGAAACAAGCUUUGUUCUCCACGAAGUGGAGGAGCAUCAAAAGAAAAAAUUUCUAUUCAAUCACAGUUCAAAACUAGCAGCAGCUUAUGGAUUAUUGAUGACAAAGCCAGGGAAGCCCAUUCGGAUUGUAAAGAACAUCCUUCUUUGUGGGGACUGCCAUACAUUCUUGAAAUGUGCAUCUUUUGUCACUAAGAGGGAUAUUUUUCUAAGAGAUUCUUCAGGAUUUCACUGUUUCUCUGAUGGCCAAUGCUCAUGUAAAGACCAAUGGUGAGACGCAGGAACUGAGCAUAGCUUAAGAAGUACUGGGAUCGGAUCAAUAUUGUCUUUACAUCUUAUGUCAAUACUAUUCAAAACAACUGAUCGCCUGCAUCAUCAUACAAUUACAUCAUAAACACAGUUUUAGUUACAUCAUGAACACAUCCUAGUCCCUAUGCUAUCACACUUAGUUACCCAAAGGCUUCCACCUCAGUGCUCCACACAAUGCCAAAUUGUUGCUCCUAAACCCUUUUCUUCAUGGGUCACCCUUUCUUCAAGCCUCGCUUCUUAUGCUUUUUCCAAGCAGCAAAUAUCCCAAACCACUACCCAAUGCUUACGUGCCUAAACAUUUUUGUAUUUAGUUUUACCAUCUCCUUCACUGCAGGCCAUUAUUUGAUUUUAGAUGCUUUUAAGCUUUUGGGGAGAUAAACAACUAUUUGUUUACGGAGAAACGCCCUUUUGAUCUUCUUAGUUAAAUUCAAUAAAAUUUUCAUUCAUUCCAUAUCUGUUUUAGUAAUUUAUAACAUAGAAGCAGAUUUGUAUAUACGACUCAAACUGGU